CUGAAAAAAAUCUACACACAAAAUGAUAAAAUAGGUAUUUUAUUCUACACAAAGACGAGAGAAGCGGACAAACCCACUGCUUUUCCCAGCUUUCCUUCGUUACUCUUUCAUUACAAUAAUAACAGUAAUAUAUUAUUUUUUAUUUUUAGAUUAACACUUCACCAUUCCUUUAGAGGGUACUGGAUAAGAUAGAUAGAUAGAUAGAUGCUUACAACUUUCAAAUUAAGUAAAGGUCUGUUUGUGUGUGUGAAUUUGGACGUGUUGUUUGAAUUCAUUAGUUUGUAGAAUUUGAGAAAUAACGUCUGAUCUUGGAUUCUGGGUGCAAUCUAUUUGAGGAAGAAAUGGCGAAUUCGGGAUUGUUUUCAGCAACGAAGUCAUUGAAAUCUGUGAAACUCAAGUUUAGAAUUCCGUAUUACACGGAAUGGGGCCAAAGCCUGGUUGUUUGUGGCUCCGAACCGAUGCUUGGUUCAUGGAACGUUAAGAAAGGGUUGUUGCUGAGUCCUGUUCAUCAAGGUGAUGAGCUCAUUUGGACUGCAACGAUUGCCGUGCCAUGUCACUUCAGUUGCGACUACUGUUAUUAUGUGGUGGAUGAUGCCAAAAAUGUACUGAGAUGGGAGAUGGGAAACAAGCGUAACUUGUCAUUACCUCAUCUGCUUCAGGAGGGUCACACUCUCGAGCUUCAUGAUCUUUGGCAGACUGGUGGUGAUGCCCUUCCUUUCUGUAGCGCCUUUAAAGAUGUCAUAUUUUGCAAAAAUUCUACCUUGAAUAUUGAUAGGCCAGAAGCAAUCAUUCAGGACAAACUGGUUCAAGAAGAGUCAGUCCUUGUACGUUUCAAAAUCUGCUGUCCAAAUGUAGAAGAAGGCUCAUCGGUGUAUGUGAUUGGUAGCGCUACAAAGUUGGGGCAUUGGAAGGUUCAGGAUGGACUUAAGUUGCACUAUACUGGCGAAUAUAUCUGGGAAGCAUACUGUGCAAUUCCCAGGGGUGAUUUUCCAAUAAAAUAUAAGUACUGUAAAUAUGGCAAGAACGGAUUAUUUUCUUUGGAAAUUGGUUCAACAAGGGAGCUCUCUUUCGAUUCCUUUAAAAGUCAAUCGCAAUAUAUUUUCCUUUCAGACGGCAUGUUGAGGGAAAUGCCCUGGCGAGGUGCUGGUGUUGCUAUUCCCAUGUUCUCUGUCCGGUCAGAAGUUGAUCUUGGUGUUGGAGAAUUCCUUGACUUGAAGUUACUUGUUGACUGGGCAGUGGAGUCUGGAUUCCAUUUAGUUCAGCUUCUACCAAUUAAUGAUACAUCCGUACACGGGAUGUGGUGGGAUUCAUAUCCAUACAGCUCAUUGUCCGUAUUUGCAUUGCAUCCAUUAUACCUGAGAGUACAAGCCCUCUCAGAAAAUAUGCCAGAGGAUAUCAAGAACGAGAUUAGAAAUGCCAAAGAACACCUAGAUGGAAAGGAUGUUGAUUAUGAGGCUACAAUGGCUACAAAACUUUCAAUUGCCAAGAAAGUCUUCAUCCAAGAAAAGGAUUUUAUACUCAACUCCAGUUCCUUUCAUAAAUUUUUUUCUGAGAAUAAGGAUUGGUUAGAACCAUAUGCGGCUUUCUGUUUUUUGCGGGACUUUUUUGAAACAUCAGAUCACAGUCAGUGGGGUCGUUUUUCUACUUAUUCUAAGGGCAAGCUUGAGAAACUUGUCUCGAAAGAUACUUUGCACUAUGAUACAAUUUGCUUUCAUUAUUACAUCCAGUUCCACUUACAUUUGCAGCUGUCAGAAGCUGCAGAAUAUGCAAGAACUAAAGGGGUAGUUUUGAAAGGAGACCUACCAAUUGGUGUUGACAGGAACAGUGUUGAUACCUGGGUCUAUCCAAAUUUGUUCCGCAUGAACACCUCUACCGGGGCACCUCCAGAUUGCUUUGACCAAAAUGGCCAGAAUUGGGGCUUUCCCACUUAUAACUGGGAGGGAAUGUCAAAAGACAACUAUGGUUGGUGGCGUGCUCGCCUAACACAGAUGGGAAAGUACUUUACGGCUUAUAGAAUAGAUCAUAUAUUAGGCUUCUUUAGAAUUUGGGAACUCCCGGACCAUGCUAUGACUGGUCUAAUUGGAAAAUUCCGACCAUCUAUCCCCCUGAGCCAGGAAGAACUUGAAAGAGAGGGUAUUUGGGACUUUGACCGCUUGACUCGUCCAUAUGUUCGAAAAGAAUUUUUACAGGAAAAAUUUGGAGAUUCUUGGACUUUGAUUGCUACAACUUUUUUGAACGAGUAUCUGGACCGUUAUGAGUUCAAGGAGGACUGCAACACAGAGAAAAAGAUUGCUGCCAAGCUGAAGUCAUGUGCAGAAAGGUCCUUGUUGCCAGAGAGUGAAGACAAGAUACGUAGUGAUCUAUUUGAUCUUCUAAAGAGCAUUGUUCUUAUCAGAGAUCCAGACCAUGCAAGAAGUUUUUAUCCCCGUUUUAAUCUUGAAGAUACUCCAAGUUUUAGAGAUCUGGAUGAUCACAGCAAAAAUGUUCUGAAAAGAUUGUACUAUGACUACUAUUUCCAUCGGCAAGAAAAGUUGUGGCGGCAAAAUGCUUUGAAGACCCUCCCCGUGCUCCUAAAUUCAUCCGAUAUGCUAGCUUGUGGGGAAGAUCUGGGCCUUAUUCCCGCAUGUGUUCAUCCUGUUAUGCAAGAACUGGGCCUUAUUGGCUUGCGUAUUCAACGUAUGCCCAGUGAACCAGAUCUUGAAUUUGGUAUUCCUUCUCAGUACAGCUACAUGACAGUGUGUGCUCCAUCAUGUCAUGACUGCUCCACCCUGCGUGCCUGGUGGGAAGAAGAUGAAGAGAGACGGCACCGGUUUUUCAAAUCUGUGAUGGGGUCUGAUGCACUACCUCCAAGUCGAUGUGUUCCAGACGUGGCAUAUUUCAUCAUAAGGCAACAGGUUGAAUCUCCAUCAAUGUGGGCAAUUUUCCCCCUUCAGGAUUUGUUAGCGCUUAAAGAAGAGUACAUGACUCGCCCUCCAACAGAGGAGACAAUAAAUGACCCUACAAAUCCAAAGCACUAUUGGAGAUACCGUGUACAUGUUACAAUGGAGUCCUUGAUGAAGGAUGAAGAGCUUAAAGCAACCAUCAAAGGUCUCAUAUUCAGUAGCGGGAGAUCGUAUCCUCCUCCUGGAGAAGCUGAAAAGCAAUUGAUUCAAGAAACAGCAGCGAUAGCUUUGGAGAAGCAGCAGCAUGUUGAUGCUCCAGAAAUGAUUCGUAAUGGAGUUUCACGGAAAGAGAGCGUUGGUGUCAUGUAAGCCCUAUAAAUAGUACGAGUAUAGACUUGAAUGAUUCGUAAUGGAGUUUGGCAGAAAGAAUUAAACCCUGCCUGGGCUGCUAGGCCCUUCACAGUAGAGGCUGUUCUUGUGGAAAGCUCUUUACUUGGGAAUCCCAGGUUUUAAAACAACGAGGGAAACCUUGUGAACAGUGAGUGAGCAUUGUAGCUCACUUUUUAUUUUUAAUAGUAUUUACAGAGCAUAUUUUAAUCUUAGCUACUGCUUGUUAAAUAAAUUGCGAUGUUCAACAAUUCAAGUAAUUGAACUCAUGGAUGUUGCACCAGCCAAUUACAAUUGAUAAUUUGCAAGUGAUUCUAAUAAUAUUAAUUUUGGAUUUUGCCUA